AUGACCAACAAAACCGAGUCACAGAGUGAUCAGUCCUGGAAGGAGAAUCUUAACCUACCAGCCAAAGAUUUACGUUUCAAGACAACGGAUGUGACGGAUACAAAAGGUAUUGAAUUUGAGGAUUUUUGCUUGAAGCGACCAUUGUUGAUGGGAAUUUUUGAGAAAGGUUGGGAAAAGCCAAGUCCAAUACAGGAAGCAUCCAUUUCAAUUGCAUUAUCAGGUCAGGAUAUAUUGGCACGUGCAAAGAACGGUACAGGUAAAACAGGUGCCUAUUGUAUCCCUUGCAUUGACAAAAUCGAUGUUGAAAAAAAAUACCCACAAUCAUUGAUCAUUGUGCCGACCAGGGAGCUAGCAUUCCAAACCUCUAAUAUUUGUGUCGACUUGAGCAAACACUUGAAUCUAAAGGUAAUGGUUACUACGGGAGGCACGGAACUUCGUAACGAUAUCAUGCGUCUGAAUGGUACCGUUCACAUCAUUGUAGCAACUCCUGGCCGUAUUCUUGAUCUUAUGGAUAAGAAUGUUGCUGAUAUGUCGCAUUGCACAACACUAGUAUUGGAUGAAGCUGAUAAACUUCUUUCUCAGGAUUUCCAAGGCAUUUUAGAUCGUGUCAUCAAAUUUCUACCACCUGAUCGUCAGAUUAUGCUUUAUUCGGCAACAUUCCCUCUGACAGUGGCAACAUUCAUGCAGAAGCACAUGAGGAAUCCGUAUGAAAUUAAUCUGAUGGAAGAACUGACACUGGUUGGUGUUACGCAGUAUUACGCUUACGUGCAAGAGAAGCAGAAAGUUCACUGUUUGAACACGUUGUUUCGUAAGCUUCAAAUCAACCAGUCCAUAAUUUUUUGUAAUUCAACACAACGUGUGGAGCUUUUGGCAAAGAAAAUCACAGAAAUAGGCUAUUCCUGCUAUUACAUUCAUUCACGCAUGGCACAGGGUCAUCGUAAUCGGGUUUUUCAUGAUUUUCGUAAAGGAGCUUGUCGUAAUUUGGUCUGUUCUGAUUUGCUUACUAGAGGUAUCGAUAUUCAAGCAGUGAAUGUUGUCAUCAAUUUUGAUUUUCCCCGCAACGCCGAAACAUAUUUACAUCGUAUUGGCCGUUCGGGUCGUUUCGGACAUCUUGGUAUUGCGAUCAAUCUUAUCACUUAUGAGGAUCGCUUCACUCUUCGACGUAUUGAAGCUGAGUUGAGGACUCGCAUUGCUCCAAUUCCAAAGUCGGUGGAUCCGAAACUUUAUGUUGCUGAGUAUCAAAUCGUUGAUGAAAAUGGUAGCGAAAUGGUUGGAUCUUCCAAGGAGACGGCUGCUUAA